AUGCUUGUUAAGAGUGUUUUUUAUGCUGUACUAUUAUUAAUUAAUCAAUGUAAGGCUAAUAACGACGAGGAUGCAUAUUUUGUAUCAUUAAAGACAACAGAGACAUUAGAUAAAUUUAUUGAGUACGAUGCAAAGUAUCCAAAGCAUUUACAAGUUCGUGAUUUAAUUAUCAAUUCAAUUAAUAUUGGAGAUUUUAAGGGGUUUUCAGGUAGAUUUUCAAAAGAUAUAGUUUCAAGAUUAAAAAAAUGUCCCUUUGUUCUGGAGAUUAUCAAGGAUACUAAAUUUACCACUUAUGAUUUGAUAUUACAGACUGACGCUCCUAGACACUUGGCCAGAAUAAGUAGAAAACGUAAAAUGAGGCCAAAUAAAAUUUAUCCUUAUUUGUAUGAUAAUGAUUUUUUAGGUCAAGGAGUUAACGCUUAUGUUAUUGAUUCAGGUAUUGAAGUGAAUCAUCCAGAAUUUGAAGGUAGAGCUAGUGCUGGAAUUGAUUUAACUGGUGAAGGUUCUGGUGAUUCAAAUGGGCAUGGUACUCAUGUAGCUGGAUUAAUUGGUUCUGCAACUUAUGGUGUAGCUAAGAAUGUGAAUAUUGUUGAGAUUAAAGCUUUAAAUAGUAAAGGUGCAGGUUCAUUAAGUACCAUAUUGGCAGCAAUUGAUUUUGCGGUAAAUCAUCGAAUGAAUAGCGGGAAAAAAGGAGUUGCAAAUUUAUCAUUAGGGGCUUUCAAAAAUCAUGUCUUGAAUAAAGCUAUUGAGCAAGCUACUAGAACUGGUUUGGUAUUUGUUGUUGCUGCUGGUAAUUCAAAUAUAAAUGCAUGUAUGGCAAGUCCAGCAAGUUCAAAAUAUGCAAUUACCGUUGGCGCAAUAGAUGAUUCAACAGAUGCUGUUACUACCUUCUCAAAUUGGGGUGAAUGUGUAGAUAUUUUUGCAAGUGGAGCAUUUGUUCAAAGUGUUGAUGCAAAAAAUGUUGAUAAAUCUCAAGUAUUAUCAGGCACUUCAAUGGCUUCACCUUUAGUAACUGGUUUGGUUGCAAAUUUACUUAGUGAGGGUGUUGAACCUGAAUAUAUUAAAGCUACGUUGAUUGAUAUGGCUGCAAAAAAUAGAAUAGUAAAAUCAUCUUUAUAUUUAAGAAAACAUACACCAAAUAGAAUUUUAUAUAAUGGUAUUAAAGAAAGAGGAAGAGAAUUAGAUUCAAUUGAAUGGGAGGCUCCAGAAGAAGAAGAAGAAAUUGAAGAUGGUGUUUAUUAAAUAAUUUGGAAUUAUAUUCUUGAAAUUAAAAGUAAACUUUAGGCUAGAUCUUUAAUUAGAUUUAGAUUUAAAAUUAGGAUUAGUUAGAAUUAGAAUUAGAAUUAGAUUUAGAAUUAGAAUUGAAUUAGGAUUAGAAUUAGAAUUAGAAUUAGAAUUAGAAUUAGGAUUAGGAUUAGGAUUAGGAUUAGAAUUAGAAUUAGAAUUUGAAUUUGAAUUAGAAUUAGAAUUAGAAUUAGAAUUAGAAUUAGAAUUAGAAUUAGAAUUAGAAUUAGAAUUAGAAUUAGAGUUAGAAUUAGAAUUAGGAUUAGAAUUAGAAUUAGAAUUAGAAUUAGAAUUAGAGUUAGAAUUAGAAUUAGAAUUAGAAUUAGAUUUAGAAUUAGAAUUAGAAUUAGAAUUGCAAUUAGAAUUAGAUUUAAAAUUGAAAUUAGAGUUAGAAUUCUGUUUCGAAUAUAUUCGAACAUUUAUUGUUUCAAAUUUAUUUUUUAUAGUAUUUAGUUCUCGCUUAUAUUAG